AUGGAAGCGCGGGGUGUUUCGGUGGUGGUGCUGUCCGCCGUUGCACUAGCGGGCUUGCUUGCGCUGCUGCUCUUCACCGACUACCCGGCGUCAUCAGCAGCGCGGCUGCAAGACUGGCUCUCAGCAGCACCACACCCCGCGUCCCUUCUCCCGCCACCGCAACCCCCUGCACCUGAUGACACGCACGGCCUGCCGUCAUCCUGCCACGAGUGCCUGGCGUGCCCUCUCUACACGGGUUCCUGGGCGCCCUGUGAGGAUGUGGAUGGAUCCGCUCAGCAGGGCGGGCAGGGGACGGACGCGACCAGCAGCAGCAGCAGCACGGAGGGGCGUGAUGAGGCGCGCUACUCUCGUGCGUCCUGCGCGAUGCUGCACCCCACCAUGGACUGCCGUGUGCCCGGGCGUCCUGCCAGCAUGGCAGGCUACGACCGCUACUGCUGGCGCCCUCAUGCGUGCCACCUGCCGCUCUUUGACCCCACUGACUUCCUGGACCGGUCAGCCUCGCCUCCCACUCACGUGCCUCGUGAUCCUUGUCUCGCUUCACUCCAAGCUCGUCCGCUCUCUCCCAUGAGUCGCUGCUCUCAAUCCUCAUCGCCUCUGCCUGUCCUAGCCUCCUCGCCUCUUCCCUUUUUUUCCCACAUUCCCCCCGGUUCCCCCCCUCCCCUGCCUGGCUGCCAGUUCCAGCUGAGCUGGGAGGCAGGGUGGCAGGGGUGGAACGGCGCAGCGUACCAAUUCUUGGAGUCCAACACCACCAUCCUGCACAAGUGGUCCACGUCGCUCUGCCACAUGGCAGUCAACGACUGGUCGAACGCAUCGCAGGUGCAUGCAGUGCAUCUGGACAGGCCGGACGAGUUCCUGCAGGCGUACCUGCCUCAGAUAGACCUCCUCGUGCUCAACACCGGCCCGCACUGGUCGCGGUGGGAGGUCAUCGACUACCACUGGCGCUUCCACGUGAGCAGCCAGCCUGUGAGCGCCGAGCAGCAGCGCAAGCUGGAGGCCAACCCUCUACUCGGCGCCUACACGGCCCUGCGCACCACCAUCGCCUGGAUCCUCAACCAUGGGCGGACGGGUGGGGAGGGGGAGGGGGGCGAUGCGGCUGCACAGCUUGGGAGUGAUGUGCGCAGUGGGAACAAAGGGACGCACCGUGGCGCUGGGAGUGAUGGAGUCCGUGCUGCUGGGAAGGGUGCUCUUGGAAACGAGUUCAAGGAGGCGGUGGAAGGGGCAGGUGGCGUGGAGGGGGUGGGUGGUGGAGCGUGCAAGGGGGGGCCCGGGGGCAGUGGUGCACGCCCCAUGGUGGUGGUGCUGGGGCAGCCAUCAGUGCACACCAACGGCUCCGAUGCCGGCUGCCAUACCCUGCCCACGUUUUUAACAACAAGGGAGGUUGAGCAGCUUUCAUUUCUGUCCCGGGACUUGUUUGCAGAGGCAGCAGUUGCAGACGCCAUUGCAGCACACGCAGCAGCAGUUAAAGCCGAAGCAGCGGCAUUCGGUGAUCUAGCAGCCGAUUCAGACCCAACCCCACGUGACACGCCCGUUGUAAUUCCUGAUUACCUCCCGGACCCCCGGACUCCAUCGCCAGCAUCCUCCAUGCGCCCACAUGCCUCUCUGCCCGUGCACCUGCUAGACAUCACCGGCCUCACCUCCACACGCCCCGACGCACACAAGUCCAAGUGGCACGGGGGGGACAGCAGCAGCGACGGCGAGCAGGGUGACUGCGUGCACUGGUGCCUGCCGGGCGUGCCGGACGCCUGGAACAACCUGCUCUACGCGCAUGUCGUGCGCACCGGCUGCUUCCCACGCACCAACCGUGGGUGA